AGCCGGUAGGGAAGUAGGGGAGGGGAGAGGAGAAAUAGGAGCGCUCCCAGAACCUUUUCGGGCUGGGGAGGGGCGCUGGCGUGGCAGCUUGAGCGCGGAACCGAGCCCUGUGGCGCGCGCUCCCGCGCGUUGAGCUUUAGCUGCGUUGCAGAGGGUACAGCACUGAAGGGGACGGGCGGGGGCGGAAGCAGGAGCGCGCGCUUGGGGGCCGUCUCUGCGGCUCUGCGGCUCUGCGGCUGCGCGACGGGGGCGUGCUUAGUAGCGGACGAAGCUGCAGCUGGGGUGCCGUACUUGUCGGUUAAGAUGGCGGGCCGGUCUAUGCAAGCCGCAAGAUGCCCUACAGAUGAGUUGUCAUUGAGCAACUGUGCAGUUGUGAAUGAAAAGGACUUCCAGUCUGGCCUACAUGUGGUUGUAAGGACCUCGCCAAAUCACAGAUAUACAUUUACCCUGAGGACUCAUUCGUCAGUCGUUCCAGGCAGUAUUGCAUUCAGCUUACCUCAGCGAAAAUGGGCUGGACUUUCUAUUGGGCAAGAGAUAGAAGUUUCCUUAUAUUCAUUUGACAAGACAAAGCAGUGUAUUGGUACAAUGACCAUCGAGAUUGAUUUCCUGCAGAAAAAGAGCAUUGAUUCUAAUCCUUAUGACACUGACAAAAUGGCAGCAGAAUUUAUCCAGCAGUUCAACAAUCAAGCUUUCUCAGUGGGACAACAGCUUGUAUUUAGCUUCAAUGAGAAACUUUUUGGCUUAUUAGUGAAGGAUAUUGAAGCAAUGGAUCCCAGCAUCCUGAAAGGGGAACCUGCUACAGGGAAAAGACAGAAGAUUGAAGUCGGUUUGGUUGUUGGAAAUAGUCAAGUUGCAUUUGAAAAAGCAGAUAACUCUUCUCUCAAUCUUAUUGGUAAAGCUAAAACAAAGGAAAAUCGACAAUCUAUCAUCAAUCCUGACUGGAACUUUGAAAAGAUGGGAAUAGGAGGCUUGGACAGGGAGUUUUCAGAUAUAUUUCGUCGAGCUUUUGCCUCCCGAGUAUUUCCUCCAGAAAUUGUUGAGCAGAUGGGUUGCAAACAUGUGAAAGGUAUUCUGUUAUAUGGCCCCCCAGGCUGUGGUAAGACCCUUUUGGCUCGACAGAUUGGCAAGAUGCUGAAUGCAAGAGAGCCCAAGGUCGUCAAUGGACCAGAAAUUCUUAACAAAUAUGUUGGGGAAUCAGAAGCAAAUAUCCGUAAACUAUUUGCUGAUGCUGAAGAAGAGCAGAGAAGGCUUGGAGCAAACAGUGGUUUGCAUAUCAUCAUCUUUGAUGAAAUUGAUGCUAUCUGCAAGCAGAGAGGGAGUAUGGCUGGCAGCACGGGAGUUCAUGACACUGUUGUCAACCAAUUGUUGUCAAAAAUUGAUGGUGUGGAACAACUAAACAACAUCUUAGUCAUUGGAAUGACCAACAGACCUGACCUGAUAGAUGAGGCUCUUCUGCGUCCUGGUAGACUAGAGGUUAAAAUGGAAAUAGGUUUGCCAGAUGAAAAAGGUCGGCUGCAGAUCCUUCACAUCCACACAGCCAGGAUGAGAGGACAUCAGCUGCUGGCUGCUGAUGUGGAUAUUAAGGAGCUGGCUGUGGAGACCAAGAACUUCAGUGGAGCUGAACUGGAGGGUCUGGUUCGAGCUGCCCAAUCCACUGCAAUGAAUAGGCACAUUAAGGCCAGCACCAAAGUGGAGGUGGAUAUGGAGAAAGCAGAGAGCCUGCAAGUAACAAGAGGAGACUUCCUUGCUUCUCUGGAAAAUGAUAUCAAACCAGCAUUUGGAACAAACCAAGAGGAUUAUGCAAGUUACAUCAUGAAUGGUAUCAUCAAAUGGGGUGACCCAGUCACUAGAGUGCUUGAAGAUGGUGAGCUCUUGGUGCAGCAGACUAAAAACAGUGACCGCACACCUUUGGUUAGCGUUCUUUUGGAAGGUCCUCCUCACAGUGGAAAGACGGCUUUAGCAGCAAAGAUUUCAGAGGAAUCCAACUUCCCUUUCAUCAAGAUCUGUUCCCCUGACAAAAUGAUUGGCUUUUCUGAAACAGCCAAAUGUCAGGCCAUGAAGAAGAUCUUUGAUGAUGCAUAUAAAUCCCAGCUCAGUUGUGUAGUUGUGGAUGACAUUGAGAGACUUUUAGAUUAUGUCCCUAUUGGACCUCGAUUUUCUAAUCUAGUAUUGCAGGCCCUUCUCGUGUUGCUCAAAAAGGCACCCCCUCAGGGGCGCAAGCUUCUCAUCAUUGGUACCACCAGUCGCAAAGAUGUCCUGCAGGAAAUGGAAAUGCUUAAUGCUUUUAGUACCACAAUUCACGUGCCUAACAUUGCCACAGGAGAACAACUGAUGGAGGCUUUGGAGCUUUUGGGUAACUUCAAAGAUAAAGAACGUAGCACUAUUGCUCAGCAAGUCAAGGGGCAGAAUGUCUGGAUUGGAAUCAAGAAAUUACUAAUGCUGAUUGAGAUGUCACUACAAAUGGAUCCGGAAUACCGUGUGAGAAAAUUCCUGGCACUCUUACAAGAAGAAGGAGGAGGUAACCCCCUUGACUAUGAUUGAAUGUGAACCGUCCACCAUGCUCAGUGACCAAGGGAAGUGACCACGGCAAAGAGGACCACCACACAUCUUAUUGAAGGGCACCGGACUAACGGAAACGCACCUCGACCUUCCACUCACCCUCAGUCUGCAUGUUUAGUGCAAUAUAUUCUCAUUCCUUUUGCUUGUCGUAGAUACUCUGGUGUUUCUUGUGGCAGGUGAUUGUUUGCUUGAGUGCCGUGCUUCUAUUUCCAUGCAGACUAAGAGAAGACAUUCUCACUCAGUUUUUAGGCGGGGAAGGAAUGUGCUCUACUCACUCUCACGUUACACAUUUCUUGUGUCCUGCCCCGCGUGCCACCAGUAAAUGGAAUGAGCAUUGUGAGCACAUAGUUUGCUUAGGUGAGACCAAAAUCACAAUAGGAAAGUGGGGCAGGAGUGGUACCCUGGAGGGGAUGUGAUUCUCUAUGUAUUAUUGGUGUAUGUAGAUGUCAAAGACAAAGAUUAGAUUAUGGAUUUCCAGAAAACCCUUCCCCAUCAUACCCUUGCCGAACACAUACGAAACUGAAUUUCUCACUUGCUCUUUCUUUGGUCAUUAGAAAUGAAGUUUGUAAUCUGCAGUCAGAAAAUUUUUCCUGGUGGGAGAGCAAAAUAUAACUACAAGAACAGCAACAUGUUGAAGACACAGAACUUCCCCUUCAUAUUAUUUGAUUUGUUUGGAGAAGUUCAGCUUAUCACUACUCUACAUUGUUGUUAAAAACCAGUGAAAAAGUGGAAAAGUGUAGUACCCUAAGCAGAAAGAGGCCCUUAAAGUCAGGAACUUCCUUGUGCUCAUUAGUGUCCAGCUUUAAACGCACCGAGUCCGUAGUACCCUCAGAAGUUUAUCGCUGUCCCGCAGCUUUCCUUUCCUUGGUGAGAAAAUUUAAAAGUUAUAGUCUGACCCUUCUUCCUUGGGAACCAAAGUGCUGAUCUAUGCUAUGCAGUAGCUAAGGAAGACACUGUUGUGCAUCGAAACAUCCCAAAAGACCUUUUCCCCUUAAUCUUGUGAUCUCAUUCUCACAAGUACAUCAAAUUUCAGUUACCAUCUACCUGUUCUUCCAAAAGGGACAAGGCAAUCGGCAUUCAUUUCUUUUGGUGGCUUUUCCAGUAACUGAGUUAGAAUGUGUUUAAUUAGGUCAGUUCAUUUGGUAAUGAGGCUUGUAGAGCAUGCCGCUUUCUCCCCUACCCCCACCUUCAGCGGGAAGACAAGCAAUCUAAGAUCGAAUGACAGACCUUAAUGGCAGCCUGGCCAGCCUGCUGCCGGAGCUUGCAAUCGCAGCGUGACAUGGGUCUCUGUCAUUUGUCCUCCUGGUGGGAGAGCGAACCAUUCUCCAGGCCUUCCUGGGUAUACUUUUAGCAUAGACUUAUGCACGUCAUCAGCUUUCUUCAGGGUUUUCAUCUUCUGUUCAUUUUAAGUGAUGUAUACUGUGAAACUCUGAUUUCCAGUGGCCAGUAACCAGUGACCCCUCUCUGUGUAAGGUCUUGCAACCUCCUCUUUCCAGGAAAUCAGUACAUAUUAUAUUAACUUAAUGUCUCUGGUUAAAUGAGGUAAAUGUUUUUAUUGUGCUUUUUGUCCAAGAAUAUAUUGAGAACUAUGUUAUAUUUAAUGCCAAUGAAUGGAUGCAAUAAAUGGCACAUAGACUUGGAAAA